AUGGCUUCUCUUGUGUGCCGUUCCUGCUUGAGGCAGUUGCCCAAGAAUGUUGCAUUGCUCUCCAAGCGACAAUUCAGUGCUACUGCCCAUUCCAAUGCCGAGGUCAAGAAGCUCGGUGUCAUUGGUGCUGGCCAGAUGGGCCUAGGAAUUGCUCUGGUUGCUGCUCUGAGGGCCAAAGUCCCUGUAACCUUGGUCGACAACUCACAGGCUUCCAUCGACAAGGGCCUGAAGUUUGCCGACAAGCUGUUAGCCAAGGACGUCUCCAAGCAAAGGAUCACUCAGGACGAUGCAGAUGCUGCCAGACAGCGAUUGACUACCGCAACUGACAUGGGUGCUUUGUCUGAUGUUGAUAUGGUCAUUGAAGCGGUACCCGAGAUCAUCGACCUCAAGACUUCCAUCUUUUCACAACUGGCAAAACUCGCUCCUUCGCAUGCCAUCCUGGCUACCAACACUUCUUCCAUCAGCAUUACCAAGAUCGCCGCCGCUACCACAACAGACCCUACAGAUCUGUCUGCCGCCUCGAGAGUCGUUUCGACCCAUUUCAUGAAUCCUGUGCCCAUUCAGAAAGGUGUCGAGAUCAUCACUGGACUACAGACUUCUCAGGAGACUCUAACGACCGCUGUGGAGUUCUGCAAGCGCAUGGGCAAAAUCCCUUCCGUCAGUCAAGAUAGCCCUGGCUUCCUUGCUAACCGCAUUCUGAUGCCGUACAUCAACGAGGCCAUCAUCUGUCUCGAGACUGGCGUUGGAGCUAAGGAGGACAUCGACGCCAUCAUGAAGAACGGCACAAAUGUACCCAUGGGUCCCCUGCAGCUUGCAGACUUCAUUGGUCUUGACACAUGUCUGGCAAUUAUGCGUGUCUUGCAUAACGAGCUUGGUGAUUCCAAGUACAGACCAUCCGUUCUCUUGACCAAGAUGGUCGAUGCUGGCUGGUUAGGCAAGAAGUCUGGAAAGGGCUUCUACGAUUAUUGA